GGCGACUGUGCCCCAUUUCUCAUUUUUUUUCUUCUUCUUCCAUCUCUUUUGGAUACCCCAAACUUGAUUGCUUGUCAGUGCAGCCGCCACACAUUCACCACAUCCUCCUCAGAUUCUUAUCCUGUAUUUCACAUGUUGCGUAUACAUGUGAAAGAGAACAUUUUAUUUCUUCAGUACUUGCAAGUGAAAGGCAUUACCGGCGAGACCCAUGGCCAUGCUUUGUUCCAUAUUCCGUCAGUUUCUUUUUAUUAAUCUUGUUUUGCAGGUUAGUUCAGUGGUUGCAGCAUCUCAUUCGCCCGUGAAGUUUCUUCCAGGUUUUGAGGGGCCUCUCCCUUUUGAGCUGGAAACUGGGUAUGUGGGAGUGGGUGAAUCAGAGGAAGUGCAGUUAUUCUACUACUUUGUAAAGUCGGAGAAUAACCCGACGGAGGAUCCUCUCCUGCUCUGGCUAACGGGAGGCCCCGGUUGCUCUGCCUUCUCUGCUCUAUUCUAUGAAAUAGGUCCACUGUAUUUCGAGUCAGUACCGUACCAUGGGAGCUUGCCCACGUUGGAACUGAACCCACACUCGUGGACACAGGUAUCCAACAUAAUAUUUUUGGAUGCGCCUGUCGGCACUGGAUUCUCCUAUGCAACAACUUCUCGUGCUUCUCAUUCAGACGACUUUCAAGCAACUCAUCAGGCACAUGAGUUUCUUAGGAAGUGGCUGAUUGAUCAUCCAGAAUUCCUCUCAAAUCCGGUCUAUGUGGGGGGAGACUCCUACUCUGGGAUUACCGUCCCUCUCGUGGUUCAACACAUCUCAAAUGGAAAUGAAGAUGAUAAUGAACCCUUCAUCAAUCUCAAGGGGUACUUGCUUGGAAACCCCGUAACAGAGAAAGGUACUGAAACAACCGCACAAUUCCGAUUUGCUCAUGGAAUGGCACUCAUUUCUGAUGAACUCUAUGAGUCACUGAAGACAAGUUGUGGAGAUGAAUAUCCGUUCAAGUAUCCCAUCAAUAUACAGUGUAUAAAGGAUGUUCAGGCUUUUUAUAAGUGCAUUUCAGGAAUUCAAAUUGGACAGAUUUUAGAACCCGUGUGUGGUUUCGGUUCCCUAAAGCCGGAAGAUAUUUUUUUAAGUGGAAGAAGAUAUCUGAUUGGGAAACUCAGAGAGCGCCGCCCAGAGCCAUCACUUUCUGCAUUUGAAUGCCGUACUGAUGGAUACAUCCUUGCUCCUUACUGGGCAAAUAACGCCACUGUCCAAGAAGCGCUUCAUAUUAGAAAGAAUACAAUAAGAGAGUGGCAGAGAUGCGCGAUGGGAUUAUCUUAUACGCCUGAAAUUGAGAGCAGUUUUGAAUAUCAUGUAACUCUAAGUAAAAAGGGUUACCGAUCUCUAAUAUACAGUGGUGACCAUGACAUGAUUGUGCCCUUCUUUUCAACUCAAGCAUGGAUAAGAUCUCUGAACUACUCCAUUGUUGAUGACUGGAGAUCAUGGAUGGUGGAAGGCCAAGUUGGAGGAUAUACGAGGACUUAUUCCAACCAGAUGACAUUUGCGACUGUUAAGGGAGGAGGGCACACAGCACCAGAAUACAGGCCUAAAGAGUGUUUUAGUAUGUAUAAAAGGUGGGUAUCUUCACAGCCUCUGUAAUCAAGUCCCACACCUAAGAGCUCAAAUCAUGACGCUCUCCAGAAAUAUCCCCAUUUGAUUUAGGCAUCCGAUUUAUAUUACGCGUUCAGUUGUCUAUUUCACAACUAUUAAGGAUCUUGUCUACAUGAUUCAGGCCCCAUCUGGACUUACUUCUAGUAAUGCAUUUGUUCAUAAGAUUUACGCAUAAAA